AUGGCUCAGACAGAGAGGAACAGUGCGUUGGCAGGGUUGAAGAUCGACACAUCCUUUCCUCUUACACACAGACCUAGAUGGCGAAGUGAGGCUGGAGGCAGGAGAGUGACGGAUGAUGGAACUGGUAUCGAGGGCGACCGUACAAACAUCUUUCACGAAUCUGGCGCACGCCGUUACGGUACUGAUGAAGACAACAGUGUUCUGAGCAGCCUGCAUUCAGCGACUCCCCCUAUCUCCGUACCCCGACAUGAUGAUCAUCCCAAGGAAGAUGUUAGCUUCCCGCAAAGACCUGAGGAUGUACAAUCAUCUCCGCUUGACAGCUUCCUUCACAGCCGCCGCCGUUCCGUCAGUUUCGACCCGAAUAUCACCAUUGACUCCGGACAGCCUCAGGCACUAGGAGAGCCGUUGGCAAAGGGCGUUGUAAGGACACGACCCCAGAGAUUCCAGGCAAAAGGCUCGAGCCUGAAAAACACGCUACCCCAGGAUGAUGAUGACGAUCACUAUCCGAGACAAGGAUAUCGGGCUCAGCGGGACUUCGACUCUCAUGAAGGUUUCCUGAGUAGUCCUGAUGAUGACAUGCCCGGGACUUCGGCGAUUGAUCGUCCCACGUCGUUGACAUCGAUCUCCACGGCUUCCCCCAUCACCGAAGAGCUGCGUACCCCUCCUGAAGGAUCCAAAGGCGCCCUACCGUCACCCUUCUGCGUAGCGUCUCCUGUGCAAGGAUUUGCUUCGCUUGAUGACCGCAGCUCCUGGUCUAGUAGCGUUAUAACCCCUUUCGGAAGCAAGACAAGAGGUUUUAGAGGCCCCACUCGCCAGAGCUCCCGCCGAUCAACAGCUUCGAGCGGCAAGUCUCCCGCCAGCAUGUUUCUUUCCAUGUGGAGCAGUGGCGAAGAGCCUGCACCACAGCCUGAUGAUGAGGGUCAAAUGGUCGGGACUGAGUAUGUUCUGGGAAAGCAGAUCGGAUUUGGGGGGUUCAGUACGGUAAAGGAGGCGUACAAAGCCGAUGAAACUGGUGGAACCAAACGGUUGGCUGUUAAGAUUGUGCGGAAACAAGUCUCGGGAAAGAAUGAAAAGGAGAACGAUGAGGUUCAAGCAGAAUUUGAUCAUGAAGUUCGAGUCUGGCGAUAUCUCAGCCAUCCAAAUGUUUUGACACUUGACGCUGUCUACGAAACUGACUACGCAACAUUUUGUUUCACUAAAUUAGCCAUUGGCGGUACCCUUUUCGAUCUUAUUCGGCAAAACCGACGCGGUCUUGAUAUGAAACUUGCAAAGAAAUAUACAUAUCAGUUAGCGUGUGCGCUGCGAUACCUGCAUGAAGAUGCCCGAGUGGUGCACCGAGAUAUCAAACUGGAGAACUGUCUUCUGGACCCGAUAGAGCUUCCAGACGGAACGAAGGCGUCGAAUCUUGUCUUGUGUGAUUUCGGAAUGGCAGAAUGGAUGAAUAUCGAUAACGGCGGUGACUCUCCCGACCCAUACGACGACGCUGCGGAUCGGCCGCCACCCAAAACUAUCGGUCCUGCUGGGUCCAGUACUAGCGUUGCAGGAAGCUUGGAAUAUGCAUCUCCAGAACUGCUUCUUUCUACCAGUGGUGUCAUCGACGCAUCCGUUGAUAUAUGGGCAUUUGGCGUGAUCGCUUAUACUGUGGUCGUAGGGUCUCGCCCCUUUCAAGAUCCAUUCACGCCCCGCAUUCAAUCGCACAUUCUUAGCGGGAGCUGGGACAGGACGGCAGUCUUAGGUGAUGAAACAGAUAUGCCGGCCCGCAGGGACCGGGAGCAUGCCCUUGAGUUGAUCGAGGGUUGCUUGGAUAUGAACGUUGAAAACCGUUGGACCAUCCGUGAUGUACUCUCAUCCCGUUGGCUGCGGGAACUCUCUGAAAAGGGUGAAGAUGGUGAAGCCGACACCAUCUGGAAGCUGUGA